CUUGUUUAUAUGACUAUUUGAUCGCUGUUUCUAUCAUAGAGUAAGAAUACUGAUUGCUCUGUAACCACAUUUCGAGCCCUUUGGACCCUUUUCGUGGUUAGAUUCUGUUACUUCCCCCGCAUCAUAAUUGCUCCAACCCCAGUUUCCCGUUUUCCCGUCAGGCUGCAUACAUACCGCCCGAGUAAGGUGGGAUCGGGCGAGUAUAAAGCUGGACACAAUGAAGUUGUCAGUACGAGCAGUUUUUAUCUAUACUUAGGACAAGUUAUUUAUGUCCAGGUAUAUUGCCCCCAUCGCCAAGUCUGCAGAGAACAUCCCAUUUGCCAUAUCGACAUGGCAGCACCACCUGUUCCCCUGACCGAAGCGGAAAAGGAGCAUUUCCUCAAAUAUGGCUAUUUACACCUCAAAAACUGCUUCAGCCGCUCCCAAGCCGCUGAGCUGACCUCGGGGCUAUGGACGCGCCUGGGCAUGUCCCCCGAUGACAAGUCGACCUGGACCAAGCCGCGGAUCAACAUGCCCUCGCACAGCACGUUCGACGCCUCGGCGGUGGCGCCCAGGGCCUGGUACGCGAUCUGCGAGCUCUGUGGCGGCGAGGACCGUAUCGAGGCCGGCUCGCGGCACUGGCGCGACUCCUUCAUCGUGAACCUGGGGUCACCCGAGGGCGAGGGCAGGCCCGUCCCGCCCCGGGAGCUCGACAACUGGCACGUCGACGGCGAUUUCUUCGUCCACUACCUGGACAGCCCCGAGCAGGGCCUGCUCGUCAUACCGCUGUUCACGGACAUACGGCCCGACGGCGGCGGCACCAUGAUCUGCCCCGAUGCCAUACCCCGGGUCGCGAGCUGGCUGUUCGAGCACCCCGACGGCGUGUCGCCGCGGAUGGUGCCGCGGGACCACCCGGACUUCGCAAGGGAGAGGAACCUGCAGUGGUACUGUGAUGCCACGCAGACUUGCGAGAGCUUUGUCGAGGCGUCCGGCGAGGUCGGCGAUGUGUACCUGCUACAUCCGUUGAUGAUGCACUCGGCAACCAACAAUGCCUUGAGGAUACCCCGGGUCAUCACGAAUCCUCCAGUGAGUCUACAGGAGCCUUUCCGUUUCGAAAGAGAGGACGGAAAGUAUAGUCUUGUCGAACAAAAGACUAUUCAGAGUCUCGGCGGCGAGGAGAAAUUGAAGGGGUGGAGGAUAACGAAACCGAGAGAGGCGGUCAUCCCAGAGAGAGUUAGAAUACAGGAGGCCAUGAAGAAAGACGAGGAGAAGAGAUUAAAGGAAGCAAGAGAGCUUGCUGUUGCAGUUUGAUUUACAUUUCACAUGUGCGUAUAAUUCCGCCGUUGCAGUUAGAAUAUAAUUAUACUUGUGACAUGUUUGUUGCUUGUAAGCUGGGAAGCGACCUUAGAGUACUGCAUAUGAUUUCUCAUGAGGCUUUGGAAAGGAAGCGGUUGUUGAAUAAGGUGAACACUAC